AUGGCCGCCACUGUAACCUCCCCCCCUCCGGAGCCGACAAGCCCCAAUACACACAAGCUACUGCCGCGGGCCCCUCAUUCCCAUGAAAGACUGGGAGUCGAUGUUAAACCUGGACCCACCUCUCCACGUAUUCGGGACGCUCCCGUCUCUCCCGUGAGAGUCAAUUUCCAGGCCGACAACUGGGUUCACUCCAAUGCCAAUAUCGAGCAGGUGCAUGGCGCCACCGCAGAGUUUGUGGUCGCAGACCGCACGCGGCAGCGAAGUCAACCUCAGUCGCCUACCAACCCCCACCUGCCACCACACAGCCCAGUGCUCCAAUCGCCGACCAGUCAUUACAGUCAGAGCUCUCGCCCGCGAGACCACGACCGUCAGCCGCUUUCGCCAGCAUCGACUGUAUCCAGCCGACACGCACCCCAGCUAGGAAGUCCCAUGGGCAGCGGCUCGCUAGGAGACUUCGACCUUGGUUUCUCUACGAACAGCAACUACACAAACCCCGCACCCGAAGACAUCAGUGGGAUCACGGCAAAUGAUACGACAUUGCAGGACGACAAUCGCAACAGCCGUGAAUCUGAUGGCACUACAAGCACAAGGCGACAACACGUCUCCAAGGAGUCCUCGGCAUCGACCAGUGCAAGCUCGAUUUCUGGCAUCAACGAGAAUUCCGAGUGCCGCGACAAUGGAUCGGCAGAGAGCUCUCUCAUUGAGGGCCACAUGCCCCGAAACCAGUCCGUACCGCUGUUCCAAUACCAUCACCAAGACCAGUAUCCUCCUGAGCGGGUGGCGAGCGCACCCAACAUGCCAGAUGGCAGGUCAGCCUCCAACCCCGAUCUGGCCGCGGGUGCCGGCAUCAACCGACGCCUGACCCCCAGCUCGAGCGGUUUUGCUCAGCGCGGCCCGCUUCAGCGGCCCCCGUCUGUCUACUCAACCUACUCCGACUUUGGUGCCCGCAGCCGCUCGCCUGGCUUGAUGCCUGGUAACCGAGUGUCGUCUGCUCAGUCGAGGCGUUCCCCCGAUGUCAGGCCGUCUUCCUACGCCGAGCUUCUGAACGUGCCCUACCCUCAACAGGCCCCGGCUCCCAUUAGCUUUGACAACAACAGGCUACGGAAUGCUGUCGGUAACAACGCUUCUCUUCUCAGCGCCGAGAAAACCUUGGAGAUGUAUCGUCAAAAUGUUAAGAAGACAACCGAUCUCUCCAUCCAAUACUCCUUUGCUGUUUUCCUCAUCUCCACGGCCCAGGAGCAAGGGCUUGAUUGGGAAGAGCCUGCAAGGAAGAAGGGAGACGACCAGAUCAAGGGAUCUCCGCAGGAGCUGGUGAAAGAGGCCAAGCAGAUCCUCCAAAAGCUAUCGAGCGCUGGAUAUCCGUUUGCGCAAUACUACCUUGCCGAUGGCUAUGCGUCUGGUCUCUUCAGCAAGGGCAAGGAAGAUUACAGCCAGGCUUUCCCCCUAUUUGUGAUUGCUGCCAAGCAUGGCCACGCCGAGUCCGGAUACCGAAGUGCUCUGUGCUACGAAUUCGGUUGGGGGUGUCGCAAGGACCCGGCGAAAGCUGUCCAGUUCCUUCGUAUCGCCGCGUCAAAGAGACAUCCCGGUGCCAUGACGAGGUUAGGCAAGGCAUGCCUCGUGGGUGACCUCGGAGAGAAGCGCUACCGCGAAGGCAUCAAGUGGAUGAAACUGGCGGCGGAAGCCGCGGACUCCAUCUACAAUUCGGCACCAUAUCAGUUGGCGUGCUUGUACGAGACGGGCUACGGGGACGAUGUCUUCAAGGACGAAAACUACGCUGCCGAGCUGUUCACGCAAGCUGCUGAACUUGGACAUCCCGAAGCUAACUUCCGUAUGGGGGAAGCAUAUGAACAUGGCAAGCUCGGAUGUCCGAGGGACCCUGCCCUCAGUGUGCACUUUUACACUGGCGCGGCUGAGAAGGGCCACGCGGCCGCCAUGAUGGGACUGUGUGCGUGGUACAUGGUCGGUGCAGAGCCUAUCCUCGAGAAGGAUGAAGAAGAAGCCUACGAGUGGGCCAGGCGAUCUGCGGAGCUUGGCUUCGUCAAGGCGCAGUAUGCCGUCGGGUACUUCACAGAGAUGGGCAUCGGAUGCCGGCGCGACAUCUUGGAGGCCAACGUGUGGUACGUCAAGGCAGCUGACUCUGGAGACGACCGCGCAAGGCAGAGGAUUGCCAUUAUUCAGGCUGCCGUCAGCGGCGGAACACCUAUGGAGGUUGCGCCGCCACGCAACGGCAAGGCCAAGAAGGGCGACGACAAGGACUGCAUUCUCAUGUAAUUGAGGAGCAGAGAACGACCGGCGACACGACAUUGGCGUUUCUGGACCACAACAUCCCACUUGCAUUAAUGACCGAGGCUUUCCUUUUUCCCCUCAUCUCCUCCGGGCCGGAACGACAACCACCUCCACCUCACUUCAUCAGACAUGGUGAAUCUUGGAUAUUCGGUAUCAUUCAGCAUGUUGGCCUAUUCCGAUGGCACCCAUUUCAAUACCAUGACUUUUGGGGCAUCCUAAUCCGCCAUGGUUACUUGACCAACGACGCACGCAAGCACCGAAGUGAUGCGCUCCCACUGUCACCAUUGGGCGUGCUUCUGUUGAGCGGUGGUUAUUCUACGAAAUUUGCUUUGCAUGGUGUACACGGGGCGCGCGUCAGCGUUGUUACCAUGUACACCCCCCCUCUCUUUCGCCCCCGGUUGCGUUUCUCAUUUCCAUGCUCGGCGUGAUCUCACGGUAUGAGAGAAGAGGUGAACUUCGUUUUUCACCCCCGAGUGCAUUGAUACAGGACGCGGCAAUGAAAUGGUGGUGGACUCGGCGACUAUGCCUGGGAUCUGUACAUACGAGGAUAUAAUAAUGACCGGUCCCGGAUGGGCUGGUGAAUUUGCUAUGAA